CCAAUGCCUCAGCUGGAUCCCGAGAACGGAGCGUUACUGAGUCCGUUACUGAUACCGAGGCCGAGUGGGACUGAGGGAGCAAAGAAGGCUCUGAAGUUUUUGACGGAUUUCUUUGAGAAGGAACUACCGGAGUGGGAGUUGAUCCUGGACAACUUUACGGAUACGAAUACGCCGCACGGGCCCAUCAAUUUCGUGAACCUUAUUGCGCGUCGGGAUCCGCCUGGUGCGCAGAAGGGCGAGGUGGGACGGUUAGUCGUUGCUGCUCACUAUGAUUCGAAGAUGUUACCGGAGGGGUUCAUUGGCGCUACGGACUCGGCGUUUAGUUGUGCAAUGAUGUUGUACGUCGCGAAAGUCCUCGACGCAGCUCUGACGGCAAAGUGGGCAGAGGAACAUGGUUUGGAAGAAGACACGAGGGGGAUUGAAUUGAUUUUCUUCGAUGGAGAGGAAGCGAUGGUUACGUGGACUGCGACGGACUCACUAUUCGGCGCACGCCAUUUGGCGGAGGUGUGGGAAGAGACAAUACAUCAUCCGCCUGCGUCACGGCCGAGUGAGUUGUCUUCGAUUGAUUUGUUUUUGUUGCUGGAUUUGUUGGGGGCAGCGGGGCCGCGGAUACCGUCGUAUUUCGCCACGACACACUGGGCAUACAAACACCUCGCCCGCCUCGAAGCUAUCAUCCGCGCCUCCGCACUCUCCCAAGCCUCCUCUAAACCAUGGUUCUUCGAUACCGCUCGCUCACCUUCUGUCUGGCGCUCUACAAUCGAUGACGACCACGUCCCGUUCAUGAAGAGAGGGGUGGAGGUAUUGCAUUUAAUCCCGACGCCGUUUCCGGGGGUGUGGCAUACGAUGGGAGAUGAUAAGAAUGCGUUGGAUGUGAAUGUGUGCAGGGAGUGGGCGUUGGUCAUGGGGGGCUUUGUGUUGGAGUGGAUGGAGGUGGGCGUUCCGGCUGCUGUGGGUAGUGCGCCAGCUCAGGCAGUGUCGAAGGCCAAUGGAGUGAAGAGGGAGCUAAAAUGAACGAUAUGAUCCACAGCGGAAUCGCACGAGGACGGAAAUUGUUACCGGGAGAUAAGACAUUUCGAGAUCACCCAUCGACAGUCGAUACCGCCGGUGUUUGACGAG